AUGCUAUUGGGAAAGUUUGGGUUAGAUCAUACGGUAACUGGUAUAUUGUUCGACGUGCCGCGAUUUACAGAUUUUGUGAUUGUGGCAAACACGUGCUUCUUUUUGGGACACUUGGGAUGCAGGUUUUGGACUUUGAAUGAACUUUGGAAACGACUGCCCGCCAUUCUGCUGGUGAAACCUGGAUGUUGGACUAAGGAAGAGGUUGUCAUGUUGGUCGAGUGUUGCAGACUGUUACACUCUAACCUAUCCAAUAUGCUCAGAAUGUUCAGUCUUGCUUACGGACCCGUUCUGAUGGUUUUGUUUAUGUUCUUACUAUUUGACAUGUUUUAUAAUGUAUUUAUAAUUUUAUAUGUUAACGUUGUAAACAUACCUAUCAUACCAGCUGUAAUAAUAUUCAUUGAAAACUUCAUUUUUAUUGUAACGCUGUUGGGGAUUGCCACGUGGACCAAUAUCCAGAAGAAAAUUAUUAUUUCGUAUUUACGUUCAACUCGGAUUAUUGGAUUACCAGAAGAAAUAAUUGAACAAGUGAAUUUUUUUAUGAAGCAAGUAUCCAGUUACGAAUCAUAUGAAAUGUCAGCCUUCGGUGUGUUUAAUUAUGAUUUAAAAUUUUUCUUAACAAUAACAAUGACUUUAUUUAAGUUUGUAGCCACAAUGAUACAACUGGCAGAAAACACAAAUUUUAAGUCAAUUGUAGACGAAACUGUUCGAGUACUUUCAAAUCAUACUGAUACGGUCGGUUAGUAAACUAAAUUUCUAAAAUUAAACU